GGUUAAACUGUCAAAAGGCGCGUUCUUUUGUUUACUUAUAAAUUCCUCUUCAACCUUUUGCGUACAAAUUCUAUUGCACCUUUGAAUUCGCAGCCGGUUUCGAGCCGCAGCAGAUAGCAGCAUGUCUGAACCAAGCUCCCGCGAUACCGUCCUGAAGACAUCGAUGGUUUACGUCUGCGGAGAAUGUCUUCACGAGAAUGAAAUGCGCCCGAAGGAUCCGAUACGUUGCCGCGAGUGUGGCUAUCGUAUCAUGUACAAGAAGCGUACUCGCCGCCUGGUAGUGUUCGACGCUCGCUAGCUGGGCUCCCUUCCAUCGAUUGCUAGCUGGGAGAAUCCUCCUUCUUUUCAUUCGGCAUGAUGCCUUAAACUUCAAUCUUUUCCAUAAUAAAUAAUUGAUAAAUGGUGCAUUGAAUGCAUUGUACUUUGGCUAUGUCCGGUACAAUCGUCAAUCCACUCUGCUAAAAUA